AUGGAGUACAAAAUGUGUCAGUCCCUAGCGGGGGCCGAGGUGGGCACCCAGCCUGGACUGGGCCGAGGAGCCACGGCGCAGACGGAGUUGGGUCUCAGGGCCUGGCCGACGGAGGGGAGUCACACCCCCAAUGGCGCACACCCCGACCGUGUGCCUUUUGGGCACGUUGUCGCCAAUGGGAAAUGGCUCGGGUCGCAGCUGGCACAGUUGCAAGGGAAAAUUAAAUUUGUUUUUGAGGACGUCCCGGCACGGGUGGAUUUUUACUUAUGUAGCAGCUCCUGCCUUCUUCCUAUCACCGAGGCUGAUUUGCUGGCAGAAAAUAGCUACCGAAAGACGCCCCUUCACGCUGGAAAUUCCAGUCGUCUUCCAGGAAUUGCAGUUGACAAAAUGCAGGUGCACGAACAGCACUUCCCAGCCGCGUGGAAGUCAGCCGUGUGGGGCCGUGGGGUGGGGCUGCUUCCAGGGGCCCGUCAGGGGGAAGCGUCCCGCCUCGCCACCCGGUUUGUUCAAGAGCCCACCAAAGAGCCCAGGAAGAACCCCUUUCUUGGGAGCAAACGUGCUCCAGUCUCGGCGCCGGCUCCACUUCGAGCCGUGGAACUGCUCCCAGAGGUUGGAAACGCUGAAACCCCGCUUCUGCUUCAGAAGUUUCCAAGUAUCCAGCACGUAAGACCCGCAGCAGGGCGCGGGGCGCGGGGCGCGGCGGCACGGCAAGUUCCCGGGCUUUUCACACAGUGCAGGCGACAGCCCCUCACAGCAAGUACUGUUUUCUCCUUCCUCCGCACGGGCAGGCCCUCACAGCAACUAGUGGAAGACGCGGGGAGGCCUCAGCGGGCCUGCCAGGCGCCCUGGGGGCAGGCGCGCGGGUCGGCGGGCCCGGACGCCGCUGUGCUGGCGCUGGGCUGGUCCUGCCGGCAUGCGGAGGGCCAGUGGGGGUCUUCCUAA